UGAGUUACUUCCGCAUUCCAUUCUUCCUAUGGAGGUCUAUGUGAGUGUCGUAACCCUCAUAUUCAACGGCUCUGGGUCAACUGGUCGUGAGUUGGCUCCUGUGAGCUGAACAUUAGUGUUGUCAAAACUCAUAAUGACGAAGCCUUAUGUGAGACAGUUGUCAUCUGAGAUUUUAUUCUGCAUUUAUCGACUCUAAACACCACAAUAUACUUCAGUGAAUUUCCAAAGGAGGAGGUCAUCACCAGCUGUCAAUUAUGUCCAUGUUCAGCACGGGCGUCCUGGUCCUUACGUCCCCCCUGCACGUCCUUCCUCUCCGCAUAGCACCCGUCCUCAGCUCCGCCGCGCAGGUGGUGGAGCGCACACUUUACGUCCAUCUCCACCCCGGGCUCAACCUAAGCACAGGUGGGCAGGUGCGGCCCGUCUACAUCCCACCCAUGAUGGAUCUCUGCUCUCUAAUCUCUCGCCUUUACAGUAACGCGGCCGACAUCUGCGGGCACCUGGACGUCCGGGUGCUGCUCACUAACAUGUCCGGAGCGUUGGGGGCGUCCAACGGACCUUUUCCCACCCCGCAGGCGCUCUCCCACUCACCGGAAGUUGUGUUGACAGACUUCCCCAUCCACGACCCCGGGCAGUCCUCGCUGGUCUCCCAGUGCUUGCAGCGGUACGCCGGUCACUGUUACGUCUGCACGCCAAGUCUCUCUUCCGUCCUUCUUUAUUCUGGACUAGGAGAGGUCAUGGGUGAGGAAGACAAUGACAGAGGAAGAAAGGAAACGCAGUUGCAGUCCUUCACCGACGUGGUGGUGGGCGGCACUUUCGAUCGCCUUCACGGUGCCCACAAGACCCUGCUGAAUAUUUCUUGUUUGCUGGCCAGUAGACGCUUUCUCAUCGGUGUGUGCGAUCAGGAAUUGUUCAAAAAUAAGGUCUUGAAGGAACUGAUCGAGCCGUACGGUCGUCGAGUACAGAGGCUGCAGGAGUUUCUGAACGAUGUCAAACCGUCUCUGAAGUAUGAAAUCGUUCCUCUCUCCGACCCCUUCGGCCCUUCCAUAAGUGACCCUGAGCUUCAGUGCAUUGUGGUUAGCGAGGAGACGAGAAGAGGGGGUGAAGCCGUCAACAAGAAGCGUGUGGAAAAUGGUUUGGCAGAGCUGGUUCUAUAUGAAAUACAGUUGCUGAAAGACGCCCAUCACACUGACAUCGAGGAGGAGAAAAUAAGUUCAUCCAGCCUGAGAACAAGACUACUAGGCACACUGCUCAAACCUGCAUCUCCUCGACCCGAUCUCCCUCUGGACCCUUACGUGAUCGGUCUGACGGGUGGCAGUGGGACGGGGAAAAGUUCCAUAGCGCUCAGACUGGAGGCGCUCGGUGCUGUACGGAUCGACUGCGAUCAGCUCGGACACGAGGCUUACCUGCCGGACACAUCAGCCUACCAGCAGAUCCUUCAGGAGUUUGGCUCAGAUAUCCUUAAUGAGGAUAAGACCAUUAACAGAAGAAUACUGGGUGGAAAGGUUUUUGGGAACCAGGAACGUCUGAAGGCUCUGACAGAUAUAGUGUGGCCGGAGAUCACGCGGCUGGUGAAGAAAGAAAUACAGCUGGCUAAAGAGCAAGGUGAGAAGGUUUGUGUGGUGGAUGCAGCUGUGUUACUCGAAGCGGGAUGGACAUAUUUGGUUCAUGAGGUUUGGGUGGCCACCAUCCCAGAAGAAGAGGCAGUGAAGCGUAUAGUCCAGCGUGAUGGCGUAAAGGAAGAAGAUGCUGUGAGAAGAUUGAGAAGUCAGUGGCCCAAUGCAAAGCUGGUAGAAGAUGCUAAUGUAGUGCUGUGCACACUGUGGGAACCUGAUGUCACUCAGAGACAGAUAUUAAAAGCCUGGAAUCUUUUACAGCAGCGGAUUCAACAGAGAAAAGAGGAGAGCAGCAGAACAUGAAUCCAUCAAACACACUGUGCACAGCAGACGUUCAAGAAAAACAUGACCAGAAAUUCUCAUUUUCAAAAUAUUUGAUCAUUUGAUGUUUUUUUGUGCUGCUUUAAUUUCAAAAGAAUCUGAGCACGACUGCUUUGCAGUUUAUGAAAAACCUGUCUUUCAUCUCCAUAAGUAAAUUCAUCAGCGUCGGUUUAGAAACAUUCCGAUGCUGUGAAAUGAGGAAACAAAUAACAUGGGUGCGUAUAGCAGGCCCUUGACUGUGGUGAGUUGCACGAGUAUGAAUAAACAUUUCUGUCACUUCCGGUUUUCAGGUGCAGAAGUCAUAUUUUCUCCGAAGAACGACUCCAGAAGCCUCAGUAGUGUAUAUUUAAAAAUUAAAAUAAUAUUUUUAAACAUUGACCCACUGGUGGCUCUAACCUGCUUAAUAGAUCUGCAAUAUACUUUUGAACUCGUGCCUAUUGUAGGUUGUCACAACGAUUGUUCAUUUAUUCGUUCUUGACACAGUAACAUUUUUAUGAAAAGAACUGAUUGUUCCUGGCUAAACUGGUCUAUGAACCUCUUAUAAGACCAAAGUAACCCAUAAAAGACUAAAUGGUCUGAAAUAGACAUCAUGUUUUUACAUGAAUUAAACAAAUAGCAACACUGAAACUAAAUGUUGGUUAAAUUGUUUUAAUUAGUCUUUAAAAUAAAACAUCUUACUUCCA